UUUUACUCUGGUUGUGGUUGAAAGUAGCUUAUCUUGAGUUGUGUCGACGCAUCCUGUAUGGAACUAGAGUUAGCGAUUUUCUGGAUGUGUCAGUGAUAGGAAACAUUGGAUUACAUGAAAAUACGUUUCACUAUUUGAGGAAAAGUCACAGGAUUUCAUAAUGACAGACCGAGUCAACAACUUCCCUCCACUGCCUCAGUUCCUGCGAAUCAAGCCCUGCUUUUACCAAAAUGUGGAGGAGGAGAUCCCUGCCCCCCACAGGCAGCUAGUACGCAAGGUCUACAAACUCUGGAUUUUGUAUUCAGUCACACUGUGUGUGAACGUGGUGUCGUGUAUAGCUUGGUGGGCAGGAGGGGGAAGCGCAACAAAUUUUGGCCUCUCCCUCCUCUGGCUUCUUCUCUUCAGUCCGUGCAGCUACACCUGCUGGUUUAGACCUCUUUACAAGGCUUUUCGGGCUGACAGUUCCUUCAACUUCAUGGCCUUUUUCUUCAUCUUCUUCUUCCAGUGUGUUCUUGCUCUCAUUCAGACUGUGGGCAUUUCUGGUUGGGGUGCUUGUGGCUGGAUCGCGACAGUGAUGUUUUUCAGCUACAGCAUUGGUUCUGCUGUAGUCAUGCUAUUUUCAGCGCUGCUCUUCACAGUGGUGACUGUGUUAAUGGGACUGGUUCUCAUUAGGGUGAGUCCAACACACCUACCCACACUCAAUCCUGAAACAUUUAGAGAAAGAGAAAAAAACUAUUGUGAUUUUGUCUGUGUGACUAGUUGGUUUGUCCGCUCUGCCGUUGUCAGGUUCACAGGAUGUAUCGUGGUGGAGGGGGCAGCUUUGAGCGUGCACAGGAAGAGUGGAGCACUGGACUCUGGAAGAGUGCCCCUGUUAGAGAGGCUGGCUUCAAUGCAGUCACUGAAACUGGCCCAAGCCUACCCCAAUACCCAGCUGCUGUGCCAAGCUACCCAGAUAAUGGCCCCUGGUGAAACACUAAGUGGGCUCUAGAUGGCAACAGAGGACUAUUUCUAUGGCACGCAGCAUAGCUAAAAUCUUGACCACGGUAGUACAAUCUCACAUUGACAUUAUAUGCAUACCUGGAAAUUUAGUAUGAGAAAAACCAGCUGAUUUAAAAUAGAUAGGGUAUAAUCAGCUGAUUUUAUUCAGAAGUACUUUGUAAUUUGACUGACUUUAAAUUUAAAGGGGCCACUGUUAUAGACAUUUUAGUGAAGAAUAUAAAGCUUUUCCAUGGAAACUCGAAACACUUGGAAGAAUGAAAUGGAUAUGCAAAAUAUCCAUUCAUUGCAAAUGUUUACAUUUAUUUAUUCUUAAAAUAUGAACCUGAUCUAUUAUAUUUGGAAAAGUAACUUAAUUUAAAAAAAUCUAAUAAAUUGUAACAAGUUAAUAAGAGGUGUAAUAUUUUAGGGUUUAUUGCAGAAGCAGUAAUACGACUCUUCAUGAAGAUUGUCGAAGGCUUGUGCCUUAUGUUAAAAUGUCUGAGACAGAAAAGGUGAUUCCAAGUUGUCUGUGGUUUCCUUUUGACGGCCAUAUUCUGUGAUCAAUUCUUUCCAAUUCAAACAAACACUUCUGCACUAAUCAACAAAAAGUCUUAACACUACUUGACCUAAGUGACAGCAGUUCAAAUAGUGCUCGGUUUUCAUUUAGUGAGAGUGUAUUUGGAUAUACAUAGAACUGCACCUCAAUUUAUUUGAGCAACUUCUUGCGGUUCAUUUGCUUUUGCCUUGUUUCUGAACUCAACACGCCUUAAUUGUAUGUGCAGUUCUUGCAUGUAGAACGCAUUUUGCUUGAUUUUUGCCUUAACUACUCCUACAUGUUUCAGUGUGUCUAGGCUCAGCCAAUGAAAUGUGUUGAAAUGCAUUUUCAUCACCCAUGCUUGCGGACUUAUAAAAAUAUUGUAUCCUUCUCAUUCAACCUGAGCCUUUCCCCCCCCAUACUCUUACAAAAUAGUUGCACUGAUCUCUCUUUGAUUUUGGGUGGUCAGAGCUCUGUUGUGGAAGCACCCUAUAGUCAGUAUUUUAUAACGAGGCUUAGGGCUCUGUUCAAUCCUCCAUUAUGCAGUGUUUCCUGUAACUGCAGUCUCUGCUAACAUGGAAAAUUGAUUUGGAAAAAGAACGAAUUUCAAUCACACUGUAAUGCUGAACUUCCACAGUACAGAUUGAAAAGGGCACUUAGUGCAUUCCGGUCAGGAGCCCUUUGUUUACAAUGUGAGAGUGGCAGCCACUCGUGGCCUACCUUUUCUUUGUGUCCCUCUCCAGCGUUAACUGCCAUAAUUAAGUUUGUGUUUUAUCUUGUUUUUAAUGCGUGUCAUUCUGUAGUUCAUAUUGUCAACAUUCUUUGAAAUGUAUUGCUGAAAUGACUACAUAAAAAAAAUGGGAGUGAAUAUUCCUGUUCAUACUACCUGA